CGGCCUCCAGGACCUCGUGGCCGGGAGUUCGAGGCUACCUCCGUCCGGGUCCACCAGCCCCCGGCCCCCCCCGGGACCUCGGGACCACCCCGGAGGACAGGGGUCCCCUCAGGCGGAACCAUGAGGAUGUGGCCAUUGCAGCUCCUGUUCUGGGCCACUUCGACCGUCCCAGGACCACAGGGAGCCCACCUGCCUGGGAACCUGACCUGCCUGAACAACUACCAAUACAAGCUCAACUGCAACUGGACCAGCCCCGGGCCCACGGCGGUGGAGGAUGGACCCUUCCGGAUCCAUUUUGUCCACAAUCUGUUGCCAUACGAGUUUGCGUGCCCCGUCCAGCCAGGCCUGGCUCCCACCCCUGCCCUGCUCAUGUCCACCUGUCAAGCCCCCAAUGUGUUCACAUCGUGGGACCAAUUCAACGUCUCCCUUCGCGGGACCAAUGUCGUUUACCACAUGGACACCCUGUACCUGCCCCGGCUGAACAUCAAGCCAGACUGUCCCACUGAACUGAAGAGCAACGUCAGCAGCUGGAGCUGUGUCAUUUCCUGGCAGCCUCCACUCCAGGCCUUGGCUGGACACCUCAGCUACCAGCUCGACUUCAAGAAGAUAGAGGAGCCUUGGGAGAUGUCACGGCGUAAGAAUGACAUCGGUGGGGUGACGUGGCUGGUCCUCGAAGCCUUCGAGUUCAAAGCCAGCGGAGCCAUGUACCAGGCCAGACUGCGCUGCAGGCCCAGCCAGCGGCCGACCAGCCCGGAGUACGCCGGCCCUUGGAGCCACUGGAGCCGUCCUCUGGCCUUCCGCUGCCCCAUCCCACCAGACUCGUCUCCUCCUCCAGCAGCCGGGGAGCAGCCCUUCCCCACGGUCACCUUCCUGUCCAUUUUGCUCUCCCUCAUCAUCCUGCCCUACCUGGUGGUCAAGCUCUCCCCCAGGGUGAAGAGAACUUUCUACAAAAAUGUGCCUUCUCCAGCAGGCUUCUUCAAACCCCUCUAUGCUGUGCACAACGGAAACUUUCAGGCCUGGGCCGGAGUUUCCAAGAUGGAUUCCCACCUCUGGAGAGAAGAGGCCAAGGUGGCCCGAGCUGGGGCCACCAAGGGCCUCCUGGGGCCCAGUUCUGAAGAAGCCAUCUCCCCCAUCAUCUGCUCCCCCGAGAUCCCUGACAAGACCGCUGCCCACCGAAAGGAGAAGGAUAAGGAGGAAGAGGAGGAGGAGGAGGAAGAAGAGGACCACCAGGCCUUGGGGUCCAGGGAUCCGGCCCGGUGGUGCCAGGAAGAGACGUACGUGAGGGUGGAGGACCUGCAGGGUUGGCUGCCCGAGGCGGGGACCCCAGGCUGGGACCCUCAGAGCGGGGCUGGAUGCCAGCCUGCCUCUGGUGGGCAGAAGCCCCCUGCCUCCGGUUUCCCUGCCACAGAGAAGGGGCCAGUGCCCCUGGCCCUGGAGGGCUUCUGGUCCUGCAGAGAUGAUUACUGCGACCUGUAUUUCAGUGAGAUGCCCGUGGCCGUGCUGUGGAGCAGACCUCUGGGCGGGAGUCAGUGACCCGCCCCCUUCCCCGGUACCGGGGAAGGCCAGAGUGCCUCCCUCCCCAUCCCGCUUUGGUGGAGGAAACUUAGGCCUAGAGAGACUGGGUAACUACUUAAAGGUUGCCCAGCAGCCAGAGCCUCAGCUUCCUUGUACAGGCCAAUCGUUAUCAGUGCUGCUGGGGUCAUCAACCUCCUCCUCCCCCUCCUCAGCCUGUCCUCCCGGGCAGAGGGGUCACCCUCAGUGGGCCUCCGCUCCCCAGAGGGAUCAGUGACCUCAGCCAGACCCAGCUUCCCAACACCCUUCAGUGUCCGGCAGCCGAGCAGGCCUGUACAUUUUGAGAUGCCAAAGUCAAGCUGCUCCCACAUUCCUCUUCUCCUCGGUGUGGGGAAGGAUCUAAGAAAGGGAAACAGAUGGGCCCUAGGAAACUUGGGCCAGCGGGUGGAGCUGGUGGUGGGCAGACGCUCCUACAGGGUCACCCUCCCCAGAGCCCUCCUUCACUUCCCUUUCUCUUCAAACCCUGCCUCCUCUGGGAAGCUCUCUUGGGUGGAGCUGGGUACCUAGGUGGUUCAUCUGUGUCUUGCCAGAGCCUCGACCUGCAACGAGCCCAUAAUAAAGAUCACAGUUCACUAGGUUGA